AUGGGAAUAAUCGGGUAUUGGUGUCCACAGUUGGUACUUCCGAAGAAGGUGAUGAGGGAGCUGAAUUCUUUGAUGCGUGAUUCAUUUGGGGCAACCAAGGCGUCGAUUCUUCAAAUGGGCUGCCGCGAUCGAUCUUCGGAGUUGGAAACGGAAGCUAUUGUUCAAUUGCGCUUUCAGUCUGCGGUGAAGAGCGAAGAAGGAGACAAUAACCAUGGAAUAUGUGCAAUAUGUGUAAGCGAAAUAAAGUUUCAGGAGACGGCCCUUAUUAAAGGGUGUGGUCACGCGUAUUGCGUGACCUGCAUUCUUCAAUGGGCAACUUACAAGGAAACUCCUACCUGUCCUCAAUGUAAACAUCCAUUUCAGUUCCUCAAUAUUCAUCGCUCUCUUGAUGGAAGCUUAUGUGAAAACAUGUUUGAGGAAAGUGUUUGCCUCCUCCUUAGAGCCCCGUGGUUUACGCCUCUAAAGGUGGAAGAAACAGAAAAACAGACAGAUGAAGUGGACGAUUACUAUCAAUAUUACUACUAUUACAGCACUUAUGAGAAUGAUGAAGAAGAUCUCGAUGAAGCUUACUAUGGACAUUCAUCGAACUUAAGAAUUGGAAAUCGUAGAUGGGGAGAUAAUGGAUAUGUCAGAUCAGGUAGAGUUGAAGCAAGGCCAGUUUAUAAGCCAAAUGGAGCAGGCACAUCAGGUGAGCAUAAUAAUAAUAACAUUAAGAAGAAAGGAGCAACUGUCGGUAGAAGGGCAAAAAGGACACUGAAACGCGAAGCAGCAGAUAAGCUACUGGCAAGAUCGAAUCAUCAGGGUUAGUAGUGUAAUAAGCCAGUUUCGUUUGGUUGUAUAGUUUAUAGGUUAUGAUCGAAUUCUGCAAAAUAAUAAAGGAUAAACCCAACCUGCCUUGUAUAGAUAUAUAUGGGUUGGCUGUCCAAUUCUAUAUUUGGAUAUUCAAUUUUUCUUUUCUUUUUUUCAGUUUGAUAACUCGAGAACAUAUCUUGAUCUUCUUUAUAGAUUUUAGCUGUAAAUUGAAAUAAAUAUAGUGCUAGUUUCCUGAUUCAAUUGUU